ACGUGAAGCCGUCCGGGUCUGAGUCUCUUGUCUUCCCGUCCUGCACGCCACCCCUCGACGCCUCGUCUGGUCGUACUCGGAUUCUCCGUCCCAGACCGCCUCCAAGUCCUCCGAUUUCCUAUGCCUUGGACCUUGGACGAACAUCGUUGCUGCUGAACAAUCCCAUCCUCGAACCCCGGCCGCCGACAGUCACACGGACUCUGGCCUCCAGCUCAGCUACACGAGAGGUGCAUGACCCCACGCUGAAGAUUUCUGGUAUUCUGUAUAAAAGAAGCAGCCAUCAUGACGGGCAGAUACUCAUUGCGCCAGACUCCUAGGAAGAAGGAGCUCUUUGAGGGCAUGGUUGAGACCCCUCGGCGUGUUUCUUCUAGACGCAAGUCCCCCGAGCCCACCACCGGCGCAGAGGUUACCGAAUCGAAGUCGCAACCCCGUGCCCCAAGACGACGCACCACGGGAAAGUUCCGCGAGGAGCUCGACGAUGAGGCAGAGUCGACAUCAGCGAACGACAAGGCCGACUUUGACGAAUCUUUGACCAAUGGCCACACCAACGGCCACGCCAACGGAUACACCAAUGGACAUGUCAAGGAGGAGCCCAUCGCCAAUGGCCACAGCAAUGGGUACGCCCAGGUGAAGGUUGAGACCGCGGCCAAUGGCAACGGCCACGCCGCCACUCCCGAGGAUGCCCAGCCGACCUACAAGAAGGGCAACAUCAUUGAUGGCUGGGAGGUCGGUACGGAUCCCAAGAUUGAUGCCUCGGGCGAGUUCGAGUUCGGAGGCAGCAUUGGCACCAUGUCGCUGAUGAUCGGCUUUCCUCUGCUCAUGUGGUACAUGUGGAUUGGAGCCACCUACUACGGCGGCGGCGUUCCUACCCGUGAGGAGGGACAGAGCUGGGGCGAGUUUGGCCGUCAUCUCGUGGACCUUGUCUACACUGGUGCAUUCCCCUCCCUGCGUGCCUGGCGCAUCUACUGGACCUUCUUCACCUUCGAGGGUAUCUGCUACUGCGUGCUGCCUGGUGUCUGGGCUUGGGGCAAGCCUCUUGCUCACGAGAACGGCAAGCAGCUCAAGUACUUCUGCAACGCCUACGUCAGCUUCUACUUCACGAUUGCUGUCAUGGCCGUGCUUCACUUCACUGGGUUCUUCCCCCUCUACACCUUCCUCGACGAGUUUGGCCCCCUGAUGUCUGUGGCCAUCCUCAGUGGCUUCCUCGUGGCUUUUGCUGCCUACUUCUCCGCCCUCUGGAGAGGUGUCCAGCACCGCAUGACCGGCUACCCCAUCUACGAUUUCUUCCUUGGUGCCGAGCUGAACCCCCGCAUGUUUGGCAUCUUGGACUUCAAGAUGUUCUUCGAGGUCCGCAUCCCCUGGUUCAUCCUCUUCGGUCUCAGCUGCGGCGCUGCCGCCCGCCAAUAUGAGAAGUACGGCUACGUCUCCGGCGAAGUGCUCUUCCUGGUCAUGGCCCACUACCUUUACGCCAAUGCCUGCGCCAAGGGCGAGCAGCUCAUCGUCCCGACCUGGGAUAUGUACUACGAGAAGUGGGGCUUCAUGCUCAUCUUCUGGAACCUUGCCGGCGUCCCUCUCUCGUACUGCCACUGCACCAUCUUCCUGUCCAACCACCACCCUUCCGAGUACAAGUGGAACCCCUUCGCGCUCGGUUUCCUCUUCGUCUCCUACCUAUUCAUCUACUGGAUCUGGGACACCACCAACAGCCAGAAGAACGGCUUCCGAGCCCAGGAGCGCGGCCAGCUCGUCGCCCGCAAGACCUUCCCCCAGCUCCCGUGGCAGACGGUCAAGAACCCCAAGACCAUUACCUCGGACAAAGGCGAUGCCAUCCUCGCUGACGGCUGGUACGGCUAUGCCCGCAAGAUCCACUACACGUGCGAUGCCUUCUUCGCCAUCUGCUGGGGUCUGAUCACCGGCUUCAAGAGCCCCUUCCCCUGGUUCUACCCCGUCUUCUUCUGCGGCAUGAUUGCCCACCGUGCUGCCCGUGACAUCCACCGCUGCCGCCAGAAGUACGGUGAUGCUUGGGCCCAGUACGAACGCGAGGUUCCCUACCUCUUCAUUCCCUAUGUCGUCUAAGUGACGAUUCCACCAAACCCUCACAAAAUUAGGCGUUUUAUGCCACGGCCAUCGGGCCAUUUCUGUCUGUACAUAAUCCGCUUCUUCACCUGGAGCCGGUAGCCGGCUGGUUUCAAUACCAUGAGCAACGGCAAGGGGUAAUGGUAAACGAAUGGGGAAAAAAGAAAAUUGCCGGUAUCAUGUGCGAGAAGACAUGGUUGGCAUAAAGACUUGUAAUUAUAUAACAGAAGCGGUGCCUUGUUGUUUGACAUCACCGCGGCUUUCUUUGUCACGUGGGGGCAGCGUUUUAUUAGGCACGCUGUCCUCUGAAAUCGAGUAAAAUGAGUAAAAUGAAACAUCUAUCCAAAGAGACAGAACCCCAAUGGCAAAGU